CGUCGAGCUCACAUCGGUUUGAACGAUGGCGCCAAACGGCCGCAACGUGUCGUCCGAAGCGUCCACUGCGCACGCAUCGUCGCGGCAGGAAAAACCGGUGAAAGGACGCACGACGUACCGCUUCCGGUCCGUCCCGCCACCGAAAUUGUCAGACCGUGUGAGGCGUAUUGUCGAAGACAUCAAGCGAAAACACCGAACAGACAUGCGCAUCGAGGCAUGGUACAACCAAGGGUUUGCUGGUUCGGAUAUAUGCGACAUGCCGCUGGACGAAUCGAAAGGAAUCAAGCGCGAACUGUGCAAGGAUUUGAGUGUUGAAAGGUUCAUUGAAGAGUACGAAAAGCCUGCCAUUCCUCUCGUCAUUGAAGGCAUCCCAGAAGACGAGCAAUGGCGUGCGUGUGAAAACUGGACCCUAAAGAAGCUCAAGAAGCAAUACAAACACGCCAUGCUAAAGGUCGGUGAAGAUGACGACGGCAAGACGUUACGCAUGAAGUUCAAGCACUUUUGCAAGUACAUGAAGACCCAAAUCGACGACAGUCCAUUGUACAUCUUCGACAGCACAUUCGACGACAAGCGGGAGACAGCACCGCUGCUCUCCGAUUACAACGUGCCGCGAUAUUUUCCCGAUGACUUGUUCUCACUCGUCGGGGAAGACCCUCGACCGCCGUACCGCUGGUUCUUGGUUGGGCCCAAGCGCUCAGGAACGUGCGUUCAUGUUGACCCAUUGGGGACGAGCGCAUGGAACACGUUAAUUGUGGGCCGCAAGAGAUGGGUGGUCUUCCCCCCUUCUGUCGACAAAAAGACAGUCAAGGCCAAGAGGCAUGUCCUUCCAGGAGAAGAUGACGAGGCGGGCAACUACUUUUGCGACAUGCUGCCGCGCAUGGUCGCCGAAGACCCGAAUCUGGAGUACAUGGAGUUCAUGCAGUACCCAGGGGAUACCGUGUUCAUUCCAGGCGGGUGGUGGCAUGCCGUGUACAACGUGGACGACACGAUCGCUGUCACACAGAACUAUUGUUCCCAUGCCAACUUUGAGCGCGUAUGGCGAAAGACACGGUCCGGGCGCAAGCGCAUGGCUGUCAAGUGGCUCAAACAGCUUCAAGUCCACUACCCCAAGCUUGCGGCCUUUGCAGUCCAUCUCAACGAACAGGACGAUUACACCAUGUAUUCGAAGGAGCACUCGAAACGCAGCAAGGACGUAAGUGACGACGAAAGCGGCAGCAUGAUGUCGAAGAAGAAGAAGAUGUCGUAGAUAGAUGGAUGUACCUAUUUUAAGGAGCACAUCGGCCUCCUCCAUGUGCGCAGAGGGCCAUCAGCAC